AUGUCGAUGGAAAUGGUGACUUAUGGAAUGAACAUGAAAUUUGGGCCGAUCAUCACAUCCUGGAGGGCUAUUGACUUUUCAGGAAACAAAUUUUGUGGACAGAUCCCUAAUUCCAUUGGAUUGUUGAAGGAAUUGACUGUUCUCAACUUGUCAGGUAACGCAUUCACAAGCAAUAUACCUCAAUCUUUGGCAAAUCUGACAGGUCUAGAAUCGUUAGACCUUUCCCAGAAUCAGCUGUCUGGUCAUAUUCCUCAAGAUCUUGGCAGCCUCUCCUUUUUGGUAGUCAUGAACUUCUCACAUAACAAUCUCGAAGGUCCAAUCCCACGAGGCGGGCCGGUUCAAUUUCAGCCUUGUUCAGUGUUCAUGUACAACCCCAGACUCUACGGCUUCGAAGAUAUAUGUGGAGAAACUCAUCAUGUCCUGAAUCCUACACCACAAGAAUCAGAGGAUUUAUCAGAGCCAAAAGAACAAGUGAUUAUUUGGAAAGCAGCAGCGAUAGCUUAUGUACCUGGUGUGUUAUACGGAUUGGUGAUUGGACAUAUCUUCUCUUCAUACAAACACAAGUGGUUCAUGUAA